AUGUCAACAUCAUUGUUUGAACAACUACAGCGUUUAAAGGCUCCACAGUCGGGAGUAAUAGCUGAUCCUAAACGACGUGCCUCCAUUCUUUUUGACCCCAAGGAGGCUGCCAGUAAGGAUAGACGUACCAUUUAUGACUUGGGCAUCCAUGGCUUGCAGGAGUUAAUUGUUCUUAAUCCAACAUUCCAGCAGUUUGAGCAGACACUAUUCGAUGAAAAUACGUUGCAUAUGGAGAGAGCUGUUGAAGUGAAGGAAGUCAAUGACCUGUUGAAUCGAAAUAUUAAAAAGUUCUUGCAGCACUUGAGCCCAUACUUUUUGCUAAGACCAUCUCUUUUGUGUUUAGAAUGGUUGGUGAGGCGUUUCCAAGUACACGAGUAUAAUCGUAAUGAGCUUAUGGCCCUAGUGCUGCCUUAUCAUGAGACAAAUGCGUUUGUCAAGGUUAUCCAAACAUUUAGUCUCAAAGAGUCGGAUAAGGAUUGGUAUUGGUUGAAGCCGUUGCAGAAACCUGGCAAACCUUUGGCCAAGUCAGCCAUUCUGAACAGAGCAGCCACCGAUAAAGGUUUCUUUAAUUUUGUGUGCAAAAUUACCACAGAAGCGAUAAAGGAACUGGGUUCUGAGGCCCACUUAUUGCAAACACAGAUGAACUUUUAUGGUUCAGUGGUAGUGGGUGCCUUGGAAACAGCCAGUGUCAUACAGGAAUGGCAUAUAACGACACUAUUGCCUUCAUUGAUGAAAGGUCUUACAUCGAACACUAUUGAUUUUGCAUCGGCCGCAUAUAUUAUCACGGCCAGGCUUGUCGCCCGCACUCUAGUGACUGCAAAAUUGUGUAAUGCCCUCAUAACUAAAGUUGCGAAUGUGAAAUUUGAACGCCUGCGACGCACUGCCGUUCUUUUGCUCAUCUGGAUUUUUGAUAGCCAACAAGCUUCCCAGCCCAAGUUCAAUGAAGAAACGUUGUGUCAUUUGAUGAAACAGAAAUGGUUCUUAACAAUACUCUCUGACUUGGCUAAAGAAAAUGUUGAUAUACAAUCCAUAUGUUUGCCCUUAAUCGUGGAUUCAGUUCGUGCCAUUCACGCCCAAAUCUCCCAAUGGCAAAUUUAUCAAAAGUUUUUAGAAGAUCUAAUUGAUGAGGUCGUAUUUCCAACAACCACAGCACAGCAGAUUAUCAGUACAUUUUUGGAUUGCUAUGUUGCUCCGACUCCGACACCCGAUUCUUCUCAAAAAUCAAAUGACACUAGUAUGGAGAGUGAUAUUAUCGAAUUAGGCUCUGAUGACGACGACGAUGAUGAUGUUGAUGUACGAUUUAGUUCUCACCUUUGGUAUUCCAAUUAUUUGCGUAAACUGGAACGUCAAUAUCCGGCAGCAUUUGACUUGACAAUAAAGGAUUCUUUGUCAAAUAAAGAAAAAGACAUUUCAAACGACCGCAGCAUUGCUAUUAAAAUGGCUUUGGGUUAUCGCCUUAAGUCGUUUGGUAAUGCUGCUUACGACAUCUACGAAAGCCUUUAUCAUCAUAAUGGUGAAAUACGUCUUUUAGCCAUACAAAAUUUAGUUGCAAAUCUAAAAGACUAUCAAAAGCGACCACAAAAUUAUCAACUACUUAAAGAAUGUCUUUGCGAUCGUAUUACUGACGACAAACCUGAAAUUGUCAUCGAAUUGUUGAAACUGCAAACAGAUGAAAUAUUGGAAAUUAUGGGAGCUCAACAGUUUGUGGAAGCCUUAAUAAGUAUUUUGUAUAAAAUACAAGUUGAUCCAAAAGAAUGGUCGCAAUUAACGGCAGUUGUUGUGAAACACCUAACAAGUGAUGCAGUUGUCAAACACUACGACAACAAUUUAAUACUACUCGCCAUUAUGCCCAUCAUAUUUCCCGUUGAUAGUGAGGCUACUUCAGCAGAGGCUGUUGGAAGUAUUUUAAAUAGCGAACUAGCCGUACAAAUAGCUUUUCUGAAAAAGUUGUCUAUACCAAAGGGCAAUAAGUUCAAUGUUGCCGACUUCAAACGACAAUUUUUGGAUGUUGUAAGUUUUAGCCAGGAUAAACCUUCCGUGAUUUCUCUCUUCGAAAGUGUACAAUCACAAGGAGACAACUACUUCAAACAAGCCAUACAAGUAUACCACUUUUUGAUGUUGGUCACUGCAUGUUUGAAGGAAAAAUAUACGGCUGAAAAAAGCUCACAAAUCUUUAAGCAGAUUUCAAACUACGUCAAUAAGUUUCCCAUCAAACAUUUGGAUUAUUCUCAAGGUGACAAAGUUUUGAAUCGAUUGAAUUAUAUACCUAUGCAGUUGUUUUGCGAUUUCUUGUUGGCCCUAACCAAGCAUACCAAUUUGGAAAAACUCUCUAUGUGCUCCUGGGAAGAAUUAAAAAAUGCUGAGUUGGAAUAUUUCCUGACCGUAUUUGAAUUUGUGGCCGAUAAAUCGUUCAGUUUGGAUAAUGAACAGACGGAGUGGUCUAAAAUAUUGAAGGAAUUGUUUGAUUCGGUCUUUAAGAGUCCCCUGCAAAAACUCACUUUCUUAAUUGAUUUCUAUGUGUAUGAAGAACAUGCAACUGUUGCAGAAUAUCCGGUGUUACGCGUGAGAGCUUUCCAACUUGUCCAAAGUUUGUUGAAAAAUAGCAAUAACCUGAAAUUAGAAGCUCUACAUAUCUUCAAAAUUACCAUUGCUUUAUUAAGUUCAUCACAAGUUGUGCGUUCGGAAGCCCUGGCAACAUUGAAAGUUUUACUGAAUGAAACCUCUACAGUUGAUGGGGAAUUGGAAUUCUUCGUGAAAUCAGUUCUUGAACGUUCGGAAGAGAUAUCAAUGGAUUCAGAACAAUAUCCCUUGAUUUUGUACGGCCUUUUGAAAGGCGGUGAAAAUAAGCAGACAAUUACAAUGGGUUCCAAGAUAUUGAAAGGCAUUUUAGCCAUAUUUGGCAAACACGAGUCUUUAGAACAAGCAGUGUUUGUUGAAAAACUCCUACGCAUUAUAGUUCACAUCAGUGAUGAUACAGAAAUUAUUAAAAGCGUAGUGCCUUUGGCCUCAAGGGCUUUGCAGCUCUUUACAUUGGAUCAGUCAUUGCAACAUUUGAAGGAACCAUAUGCUUCAAUUGUCCGCUUAGUCCUAGAACGCUUUAAUACCUCAUACAUUGAAGAUGUUUUGCUCGAUAAUCACAAUGCAUGGGAAUUAAUUGAAAACAUAUUUGAAAAUUGUAUGGUAUUCCUCGAUAGCGAAGAUGGACUAAAAUCAGUUACCUGUGUUUUCUUGGAGUCUCUAGACGAAUUUAGCUUCGAGAAAAUGCCAUCGAAAUACAAAAACCAGUUCUUGUUAUUGCUCAUCAAGACUUUGGCUAUCGCUGAGAACGAUAGCAUUUUCUUGGCAGCAAAUAAACUGUUGAAAAAAUGUACCGUUAACUGCGAACCGUUGCAUGAAAUCAUUCAUAAUAUGUACAAGGCUUGUUUGGAUAGUAGCAAGUCGUCAACACCUCGUCGUGGCGCCAAUAAACGUGAAACGAUGCAAUCACCAGUGUUGCAUGUCAGUGGUCUCGAGUGGAAAAAGGGUGUGGUGUUAAUGGAAAUUUUGGAAAAUAAAAAGAAACUAGAAAAUUGUACCGUCUUGAUACCGCCUCUUUUUGAAUUGCUCAAUUGUUGCUUGGCGGUGGAGGAGCAAACAACCGUCGAAUAUACCAAACAAUUGGUAUUGUCUGCAUUGCUCAAUUGCUGCCAAAAGGCAACAGAGGAUAAUGUUAAUUUGCAGACUGCACUACCAAAGACCACAUUCCGUGUGGACCAAAUUGUACAGUGCCUUCGAGCUUCGCAAAAUCCCCAAACCCAUCACAAUGCUUUGCUUUUGUUGUCCCAUUGCGCCGCUCUAUUUCCUCAACAGGUACUACACAAUAUAGUGGACAUAUUUACAUUUAUGGGGUCUUCGGUGGUGCGCCAUGAUGAUGCCUUUAGUUUCCACAUUAUCAACGAUAUCAUUGUGUCCAUUGUGCCCAUAUUGGUAAAGGACAAAACCGCUGUCAUACCUGUGCUCAAAGUCUUCUCCGAUAUAAUGCUCGACGUUCCCGAACACCGACGUUUGCCGUUGUACACCAAACUAAUAAAGACCUUGGGAUCCGUCGAUCACCUUUGGAUGUUUUUAUGCGUGGUUUUCGAAGCGCAUGUAAUUGACGAUGAAAAACAAAGAAUGUUACAAAAGAAAUCGGCAAAACCUUCAGUAGCAUCGGCCGAUCAAAUGUCUAAGCGGAUUGAGAUUGUCCUCGAGCUAUGUAAUACCUUUGCUCCCGACGAGAUAUUGGAAACCUGCAUUCAGCUGAUGAAAUAUACUGCAGAGUUACCCAUGCAAAAGCAAGAAAAAUCUGAAAGGAAAUCACUUACUAACGCCGACAAUCAUGAGGCCAGUCUAUUUGAUGUGAAUGCUCGCUCGGCCAAACAGCUAAGGCAUUAUAAAUACGUUAUUAUGCAAUUCCUUUCGGCUAUCACAUCUUCUGACGAGUUCCUAAAGAAAAUAGCAAAGCUAACGGAUGAAGAAAUUUUGGAAAUGAAAUCCUACUAUCAGAAACUUAUUAUACGCAUACUCUCCUAUGUACCCAAUGUGACAUCAGCCAUUGAAAAGGCCGAGGAGGCAUCGUUGCAAAAAUUCUGGAAAGUUAUACUUCAUCAUCUGCACGAUGUUUUGGACAAUUCAAUAUCUCUGCUUUCGGCUGAAAUGUUUUUAGUUGUCGUCAAUGGCCUAAUGCACCAUCAACUGUUGUCCAUACGUAAAAAGGUCAUCGAACUUUUGAUUAGUAAACUACAGCAAAGGGAUGGCUUCUUUGAUUAUGUGGAUUCCGAACACUUUGAUAAUCUGCUGCAACCGUUGUCAGAAAUUAUAAACGGUAUUUUGGUGCGUGAUGACAGCGUAGACCCAGCCCAUCAAAAUGAAUUGAUCUUUUUGCAACAGACAGCUUUAAUAGCAAUUAAACUCUUAUCAAAGACGUUCGCCAUUAAACAUAUUCCUGAAUUUAAGGAAAUUUUGACAACACUCACGAAAAUUACCCGACAGCGCACAGCCAUUUCAAAAAUUGUUCUGGCUACGGUGGUUUUGACGAUGAUUGAAAUCUCUUCCAAUUUGAAGGCACACUCUAUAGCUCAUUUGCCCAAAUUUAUGCCUCAACUCAUUGAAAUAUUGCAAGAUCACGCGGAAUUAGUACGUCAACAGCCACCAGAUAAUAUUUGUGUGGCCAUUGUAACUGGUAUGCAAAAACUUUUUGAAACUCUACCAUUGUUCCUGGGCCCCUAUAUUGUGGAUAUUAUUACUGCACUCAGUUCAAUCGGUACACGCAUUAGAGCGCAGAAUAAUGAAAAGGAUCAACGAUCGAGCACAACCCUACAGAAAAUUACAAUAAUUUGGUCAAAAAUAGCAACUGAUUUACCAUUGCGUAUUCUUGUGCCUUCUUGUGACAAGGCCUAUGCCCGCUUAAUGACAACCAAGAAUUAUGCUGAUAUAAGCGUACUUAUGAAACUUCUGCAUCAGGCCAUUGCACAUGCAGAAAAUAAAGACCUGACGGCAGUGCAUUCGGAAUUAAGCACCAUGUUUAUGCAGGCUUUAGAAUUCCGAUUACUACUAAAGGAUUCUAAUGUAGAUGGAGAUGUUGUUAGCAAAACUGAAACUACAAUCGUCGAGGCCUUUGUUGCUUGGGUAUUGAAGCUAUCGGAAAGUUCAUUUAGGCCCUUGUACCACAAACUUUACAAUUGGGCAUUCCAGCAUGACCAGCCUCAGAAGGAGACCAUGUUAACCUAUUUCUUACUCACACAAAAAAUAGGCGAGUCAUUGAAGUCAUUGUUUGUACUUUUUGCCAGCGAAUUUAUCGAAGAUGCUGCCCGCCUACUAGAUGAAUGUAAUGCCCUCAAGACGGAAAUACCAAGCAACGAGGAACCGUUAAUAACUCAACUACUAAAGGCCAUACUGGCUACCCUGCACAAUAUUUUCUUAUAUGAUAGCAAGGAAUUUGUAAAUACCCAACGAUUCGAAUAUCUUAUGCCCGCAAUUGUUGAUCAAUUGGAAAAUCGUUUAGUUCUGGAAGAUGAAAGUCUGCAAGCAGUGCUCGGACAAUGUAUAGCUCAACUUGCUGUUGAUGUGUCAAGUGACGUUAUGUGGAAACAACUAAAUUAUCAAGUUUUGCUUAAGACACGUACGACUGUUCCCGAAGUUCGUAUAUUUGCCUUUAAUUGCUGCGUUGAGAUUGCACGCAAAUUGGGCGAAGAUUUUACUCCAUUGCUACCCGAAACAGUACCAUUCAUUUCAGAACUGUUUGAAGACGAAAAUCCACGAGUGGAGAAGAAUACUAGAAAAUCGGUACAAGAAUUGGAGGUUAUUUUAGGUGAAUCUUUACAAAAAUAUUUGUAAUUAAUUUUUUUACAAAAUCAUUUUAAA